CGCACCGACAUACAGCAAGCUUUUUUAUGUCCCGUCUGAUUUGAAAUUAGACAUGGCGGCUGGGUCCCAAUCACUGUUCAUAUUGUGUGACGGGACAGGGCAAGACGGCAUCCAGAAACACAAAAGUACCCAUGUCACACGGUUCAAAGAGUGUCUGAAGAAGCAGAGGAGAAGUGGUCAAAGACAGAACCCCCGCUAUAUUGAAGGGAUUGGUACGAACGGUUGGGGCAAGGGUAGUGUUGAUCGCCUCACAGGUGGAAGCAUCCAUGAGAGUAUUCUGAGAGCAUAUGAUGAUCUUUGUACAAAAUAUAGACCGGGCGAUGAAAUACACUUGGUUGGAUUCUCUAGAGGUGCCAUGGUCGUCAGGAGUCUGGCUUGUUUCAUCUGCGAAUUCGGGAUUCUGCGCAUUCCCAAUUCAUCGAUCCAGCUCCAAGCAUAUGAAUAUUGGCUCAAUCGGAAGCACACAAAACUGAAUGAUUUGGCCGCCAUAUUGGAUUACGACCUGUUCCGAGAUGUUCCAAUCGAAACAUGCGCGGUAUGGGACACGGUAUCGUCCUUGCGGUUCACCUCGAGCUUGCAGUUCGUAGAAGAGCGUGUACCCAGGAACCUUCGGUGCGGAUUCCAAGCGCUUGCGCUUCAUGAGUGCCGAACGGAGUUCAUGCCUGUACUUUGGAAUGCUUCGACGAGCACACGCACGAUCAUCAAGCAGACAUGGUUUAUGGGUGAUCACUCCGACAUUGGAGGCGGCCACUCCGAUGACUCGGGGCUUGCAAAUUUCUCUCUGUUAUGGAUGCUUUCUCAAUUUGGCGAAACCACGAACGUAGAAUUCGAUGAGCAAGUGGUCUUGAAACUCAUGACGCCGGGUUUCUAUUACAAGGACUCUUUCUCUGUGGAUUCGUGCUAUACCGAGGGAGCACUACAUGGAGAUGAUUCCCACAAACCGCUCUGGCAGAAGCCUAAGGCACGCAUGGAACUAUUCAACUCGGAGAAAAGGGUUCUGUUGUGGCAGAACAGACCCCAGCGUCCUAGGAAUCGUGCGCAAAUCCCGGCAAGAAUAGAGGCCAAUACUAUAUCGGCGUUCACUGAAUAUAACGUUCCCUUAGCUACGGUUGGAGAGUCCAUCAACACAGCAACAGCGAGUGCCAAGGCCAACACGACAAUUCAUUUCACAGCAGCAUUGAUGAUCCAGAAAUUGUCUUACAAACCCGGCUUGCUUGAGAACAUGGAGUUGAGGGCCGUGGAGAAACCUGGAGCCGGUUGUUGCCGCGCGUGGAUAGAUCCCGAACUUCGGCGUCCUUUUGGCAUAUGGGAAGAUCGUAGCACAAAAUGGGAAGAUUGGAUGUUCCGUCAAUGGAUCAAACGGGAGGAAAAGUGCUAUGGCCCCGAAGAGAGCGACCUUGGGUUGUCGCUGCUCAGCUUGAUGCCACCCAAAGAGCAGGACCUGUUUCUAAGCACCCAGUCUCCAAUCCGGAGCACGCUCUCAGGUACAUUUGACGCUCUCUAUCGCAUGCGCAUCGCCCCAUACCAGAAGGAAGAAGCAGAAAUCAAAAGAUUCACGGCAACUCUAUACCGUUUUCGGAACUCCAACAACACGAGGUCAACGCGUGGGCAGGUUCGUCAAACAUCUAGUUGCGAUGGCCUGGACACUGCACUCGAUUUCUUCGCGUAAUCUUUCCACGUCCAGCGGUGUUACUCAUGAGCUGCAGCCAUCCAGAUUUGAAGGACAGCCGCCAAUCCCGAGAAGAACCAAACGAAGCCUCGGUCUCUACACUCGUGAUCCUCUUCCGUCACGUGUCCGGAACAGGUAUACCAUGUACAGUCGUCA